UUAUGCACUUAAAAAAAAAAAAAAAAACCCCCCCAAAACUAACACUCCCACGCUCACUACUCGCUUAAACCAAUCCUUAUCAACCUUAUAAUUUUUUAAGAAAUGGAUGUCUUCUCUCGCUAUUCUGACCCACUAUCUUUUGCCAAUCAUUCUUGGUCACCUGACUUGCCAGAUUCUUCUUCCUUAUCUGAUAGUUGCAGCGCUCCUCGUGCAAACCUUUCUGAUGAAGAAGUCUUGUUAGCUUCCAGCUAUCCCAAGAAGCGGGCAGGCCGAAAGAAGUUCCGGGAGACUCGUCAUCCUGUUUACCGUGGGGUCCGCCGGAGGAACUCCGGGAAGUGGGUUUGUGAAGUUAGAGAACCCAACAAGAAAUCAAGAAUAUGGUUGGGAACUUUCCCCACGGCGGAAAUGGCUGCUCGAGCCCACGACGUGGCGGCGCUGGCUCUAAGAGGACGGUCUGCGUGCUUGAAUUUUGCGGACUCGUCGUGGCGGCUUCCUGUACCUGCGUCCGCUGAUGCAAAGGACAUUCAGAAGGCGGCAGCAGAGGCGGCGAUGGCGUUCCAGCCGGGGGGAACAGAAGGGUUUUCUGGGGAAAUAAAACGGGAAAAUAAAAAGACGACAGAGAAAGCGGAGGCAACUUCGAUGGAGGAUGUGUUUUAUAUGGACGAAGAGGCUGUUUUUGGAAUGCCGGGACUGCUGGCAUAUAUGGCAGAAGGAAUGCUAUUGCCUCCACCUCAAUGCGUUGAAGAGAGUGGAGAGGACAAAGAAACGGAUGCAGCAGAUGUGUCAUUAUGGAGUUUUUCUAUAUAAUUUAUUAAGAAAAUAAAUUUUAUGUUUUUACUAGGCAAAUAGAACUAAAAUGUUCGAUGCCCUGCACCCUCAGGCUUGCCUUGGUGUUCGGUGCAUCUCCAGCCUAGGAUAAGAUUCUAGGCUGAAGUAUUUAUACUACUUGUAGAUCCUAAAAAGUACUCCCUCCGUACUUAAAUAUUUUUUUACUAGUACGGUAAGAAGAUUGAAAGGUUGAAUUGGGGGCGUGUGUGCGAGACUGAAAUUGAUGUUAUAUGGGAAGUUUAGUGCUUAGUAUUUAGUGAUGUGCGCGUCAUAUUGCCAUAAAUACAUCCCCAGUGGCAGUUGUUGUACUUUGCGGGCAAUUAUGAUCCAUGUAUUGAUGUGGAUUUUUUCAGUGUGUAACUUUGGAUAAUCUAAUGUGUAUGCUUUAUAAAUAUUUAUGCAACUUAUUUUCUUAGUUCGGUA